GUUGUUGUUGUUGUUCUUGUGAUAGCCACUUGUUCCAUUGCUACUUAUCCAUUGCUGUUCGCUCCUCGCAGGUUGCUCAUUGCUGUUUACCCCUCACACGUUGCUCAUUACUAUUUGCUCCUCGCUCGUUGCUCAUUGCUAUUUACCCCUCGCACGUUGCUCACUGCUCACUAGUACCUAUUUACCUGCUACGCCAUGACUGAGUCCGAUGCGCCCAGGCUCCUCAAGCUUAUUUCUGUCGCCUUCAAGGAGGCAUCACUCGACUCACCCACGUUCCGCGCGUCGAUCAAUCACCACGACCGCCAGAUCGAGGACAUGGAGCUCUGGAUCGACAACUUGCUCAAGCUCAUCCGGCGGUUCCCAGCCCAGGUGAACGAGUUCAAGGAGUUUACAAACACAAUGGUGGAGCACCUCGUGCCGUCCUUCAUCAACGAGGGCCUUGUGGACCAGGACUACACUGUGCGCGCGCUCCAGACGUCCGCGAACGGCAUGCGCUCACUCUGGCGCAAUGUGCUUUCGUUUGUGCAGAUCUCCACCAACGAGGCCACCAACGAGUUGUUGCAGAUCUGUGCGCAGGACAUCCGCCACUACAAGCGACUCAAGGUACAGUUCGACGCUCUCCAGGAGAAGUACAACGUGUACUUGGAAACCUACAACAGCCACCCCAAGUUCAAGAGCCCCGAGAUGCUCAUGGAGGAUGCACAGCAGUUGUACCGCGUGCGCAAGCAGUACAUGCACGCAGCGUUGGACCUCGUGGUGUGCAUCGCCCAUUUGUCGCAACGACUCGACUCGACAUUGGUGCGCUUCUCCAGCUCUUUGUGGAAGCUCAACGAGGUCAGGGUGCCCAAGCCGGGCGAAACGCUCGACAAGGAGGCGCUCGAUGCACGCACAUUGGCGCGCAUCCAGGCGUGGCGCGACUCGCUCGGCACUACGCGCGCAACACUCGAGGGCAUCAUGGCCGCCGCGCGCGAGCAGAUCGAGAACAGCACGCUCGCACAGAUGCGGCCAUCGCGCACGCUCACGGAUUACGACUCUGCCACCAUCAACGCGCGCUCCUGGCUCGACUACCCGGAAAAAAACUUCGAGAAGCACGGCUACCUCUUUAUGUUGACGAGCCUCCCCGGCCUGCCGGGCGAGACGUGGGUCAAGCGCUGGGCGUUCCUCAAGAGCGGUAUCUUCGGCCUCUUGCUCCUCGCGCCGUCCCAGACCUACGUCCAGGAGACUGACAAGCUCGGCGUGUUGGGCUGCAAUGUGCGCUACGCGCCCGAGCAGGUGCGCAAGUUCUGCUUUGAAGUAAAGACUGCUGAGUCGCGUUUCAUCUUCCAGACCGAGACCCUCAAGGACUUGAAGUCCUGGCUCAAGAUCUUUGCCAAGGAGAAGCAGCGCAUCAUCGACACCAACGAUGAGACCGAGAUGGGCAUGGCGCUCGCGCGCUACCCGCCGUUGUUGCUCGAGUUCGCCUCGUCUGCCAUGACUACCUCGGACGCAGAAUGGACUUCUACCAACAACAUUGCGCAACUCUCGGACCUCAUUGCGUCCAAGCGCGAAGUCUUGGAGGAGUUCGAGAACCUCACCAAGCCGACCGCUCUCAUCAACUCGCCCAUCUCCACCGACAUCAGCCACGCCGCGCUCCUUGCGCGCAUGUUUGUGAGCCCGAGCGUGAUCCCCACGGCCAUCACCGCCAACCUCUGGGGCUCCGUCAACUGGGGGAUCUACUUUCUCAUCGACAAGUCGUCGCUGAAGAAGAUCAGGGAGAUUGAUACGGCCAUAUCGCACGAUUCAAUGCUGAUAAGUACGCGCACAUACCCUGCGAACUACCCGCAGCCGCUCCGCGCCGUCGACGUCAAGAUGAAGGCUUUGUUUGAGACGGUAGUGGAAGACGGCGAGGUGGCGUUGUUCGAGUUCAAGUCGUUGUUGUCGCCAAACCCGAGCCAAGAGCUCAGUGGGACCAACUUUGUCACCCAGGACCACCUUUACUUCUACGGUAACACCAUGGGGUUCGUGUUUUUGGCCAAGUGCGCGAUCGCGGACUUUGUGAGUAUCGAGUCGUACGCGACCGACCGCUACGACGUGCUUAAGAUCUACGACUGCGACGGGUUGCUCAUCAAGACUAAGGUCUUUUUAGACGACGCCAGGGUGCUCAAAGCGAAGCUCAAGAUCCUCAUGAACGAAAAGGUGCGCGACGAAAAGCGCUCGCUUGAACCUUUGAUUACCGACUUGGACAAGGCGGAGAAGGAAUCGGUGCUUCGAGCGGUUCAUCCUCCCGCGGUUAUCGAUUCCAUUCCGUCUGUCGUCUCGGCCUCGUCGCCAGUCCAACCAUCCAACUUCAAGACCGACUACAGUUCCAGAGAUGUGAGUCUCCGCAUGGAAAAGGUGUACGACAUCCCACCCAAGGCGAUGUUCCACAUCUUGUUUGGAGACUCUUCCACAAUUCUUACCGAUGUAUACCACCCGAUCCGUGAGCACGAGAUCUCACGCACCAACUGGCGGCGUGUGGACGGCGAUCUCUUGCAACGCACCGUCUACUCCAAAAUGGACUUGAACAAGGACAACUUGGGGUAUAUCAAGACGACUUAUACGAUCGAAAGUCUCGUGGAAAACAAGUACUACAACGUGAGGAUACACAAGGCGUCGUGGAAGGUGCCUUUCUGCGCGCCGGCGCCGCUGGAUGUGCGCUUUGUUAUCCUGAGCGUCAACAACAAGCACUCGCGGUUAUACGCGUAUUCGCACGUCCAAUUCACCAAGUCACUCUUCUUCAGUCAUAUUUCGCGGGUGCUUGCCUCUGCGACGAUUCAGCCGACAUUGUUGUUGAUCCACAAGCGGCUUUUGGCCAGCAUUGAAGACAUUGGCGGCCAUGGCAAGAUCUUGAAGGCGAUCAAGAUCUACGGCCAGAUCAGUAAGUACGAGGGAGACGGCGAGGAGGGUUUUGACCGUCCGGAGUACAACCAGGGGAGUGUGAUUACCCUGUCGGCGAUUGUCUCAGCGUUGGUCCGCCAGGUCCUUGUGUUUGUGGUGACGCUCAUUUUGAACUUCGGCUCCUUGUUGUACACCGGGCUUUCGCGGCUCGUGGACGGCUUACGGAUGAAUGUGUUCCUCGUGGCGUUGCUCACGGUAUCCUGCUGUUACAACUUGUUCCUCACCGGCAAGACCACCGCGUCUUACUGGAGCGCGCGGAAAGCUGUCCUGAUGUUUGAAGAUUACAAGUCGUCGGAGCCCAACUACGCCCAGCGCGCGAUUUACCUUAGAGACGCGGAGGAGCUUGUUACCAGUCUGAGCGGCGUGAACGGCAACGCGUCACGGUGUAUGGCCAAGUUCAAGGAGAAUUCAUUUGUGCUGAACUUCGAGGCUGCCGUGGACUGGGGCGCAGGUUACAGCGACUAUGAGACCUGUGCGGUGGCGCGUGCGCUUAAGCAGCGCUUCAACGACAUUGGUAUCCAGCGUAACGAUUUGUUGAUUCGCUUGCGCAUGUUGAAUCGGCUCGAGGAGGAGGUUGCUAUUGGCGAGUGGAAUAACUGGUUGAUUGGCGAGCGCAACCGGUGUAGGCUUGUGCGCACUAAGUUUAUGGAGGAUGGGUUCAUGGAUGCCGAGGCUGAGGAUGUUGCAGACCGUUUGGCGUUGGUGGGUGAUAUCCUUGAGUACUGCCAGAGCUGCGAUUUCGAGACUCUCCAGAGUCUGCUCCUUUGA